AUGUGCGGCAUCUUUUUCAGUGCCCAAAAUAUCAAUCCUGCAGAGUCUUUGCAUGAGAUUUUACAGCUCCGGCAAAAACUACGGAAUGCCAAUGCUGCUCGCGGUCCUGAUGCGCAACGAUCGUAUACCGCGACUCUUCCAAAAAAGAGCGUAAGUUCGAUGGAUGACUCCAGGAUACUGAUGGAGUUUUUUGUCUCGGAGCUGCGUUUGAGGGGCGAAUUACCCGUUAUAGUUCAGCCCCACGAGAAAGACGGCAACUUUCUGUGUUGGAACGGAGAAAUCUUUGGGGGAAUGGAGAUAUCGUCUGAGGAGAAUGACGGUGUCCAAAUCUUCGGUGCUCUACGCACAACACGCAGUCCAGAAGAGGUUCGCGAUGUGUUUGCCUCCGUUGAAGGACCAUACGCCUUUGUGUUCUAUUCACACGAAACACAAAAGCUCCACUUCGCGCGAGACCCUCUCGGCCGUAGAUCUCUUCUUAUUCAUCUUCCAUCAGCUCCACAGCCGUGGUUACUCCUCGUAUCCGUUUCAGCUGGAGAUGAUCCCGCGUAUUCUUUCGAGGAGGUUUCAACGAAUCAUAUACACGUGCUCGAUAUGCAGCAGCUGGGGGUGGCUGGCGAUGUGCUAUCGUUCAAGAAUUGUUUGACUUCUCUACCGAGACAGUCGAAUUCCAAAAAAUAUCCCUAUGCAGAACCAGCCAAAGUUAACCCUAUCCUACCCCCGGCAGAUCAUCCCGUCCCCCGUAUGCCAUCUUUAGAUACAAUCCCAGAGUGGCUUGCGACACCCGUGAACCAAUUAAUCCUGCAGUUAGAUCGAAGUGUCUACCUCCGAGUACGAGACAUCCCACGAAUACGUCCUUCCAAAGAUGCUAGAGUUGCUGCGCUUUUCAGCGGUGGAAUUGACUCGACGAUCCUCACACUCCUUGCACAUAGACACAUUCCGUUGGACGAACCGAUUGAUCUUCUUAACGUCGCAUUCGAGAAUCCCUGGAAGAUCAAACUCAAACCUGAAGGGAACAUCGGAGGGCUAUCCAAGCGAGAAAAGAAGAAAAGAACUCUGCAAAACGAUACCGAAUCACAAGAGGCAUCUUAUAUGGUGCCAGACAGAGUGACCGGAUUACAGGAGCUCGUGGAACUGAGACGUUUAUGCCCCGGUCGAAGGUGGAAUUUCGUAAGUAAGAUAAACGUACCCUACGAGGUUAGCUUGUUUUCCCUAAGGAUCUAUGCAUCAUUGAUUCGAACACCUCAGGAAUCGCAAGCUGCUCGUCCCAUAAUCGAAGCAUUGAUGUUUCCGAGCAAGACAGUUAUGGACUUGAGUCUUGCCCAAGCACUCUAUUUCGCUUCAAGGGGUGUCGGUUGUAUAAGAGAGCACCCCGGAGCCGAUCCUGCUGGUUACUCGAGCACCGCGCGUGUUCUACUGAACGGUCUUGGGUCAGAUGAGUUACUGGGAGGGUAUGGUCGACAUCGCACUACGUUUACUCAUGCGGGAGGAUGGGAGUCGGUAAUCAAAGAACUCCAGCUUGAAAUAGAACGUAUACCGACACGAAACCUUGGCCGAGAUGACCGUGUAAUAUCUUCCCAUGGCAAAGAGACUCGACACCCAUUUCUUGAUCUGAAUGUAGUCUCUUUCCUGACGGGACUUCCCGUGUAUAUGAAGUUGGAUCCGAGGCUUGAGCUCGGUGUGGGAGACAAGAUGUUGUUGCGGUUAGCAGCUCACAAGCUGGGAUUAGUAGAGGCUAGUAGUCGGAAAAAGAAGGCGAUGCAAUUCGGAAGUCAGUCCGCUAGGAUGGACGGAGAGAAGCGUGGAGAUUUGUUGAUAGCGUGA